AUGGGAGACGACCUAAAACCAGCCAAGCUCGACCCCAACGUGUGGUAUCACGUGACAGAAGGCCGAGUAGACAACUUCACCAAAACGAGAUUCGACUCCAUGUUCCAAAUUGUCGAUGUCCAAAAGAACAAUGGCGACCAUCUCGCCGUCUGGGGCAACCUCGGCACGUGUUACAACAAGGAUGAAAUCGACGACAAUCGAACACAGCCGUGUUUGCUCCGCUCCGACGGAAGCGACACUCAGAAGUGGGAUAUCACAAUCUGGCCAGGUGACAAUACCACGUACCGACUUCAAAAUGUCCAAAACGGCACAAAGUACAACAUGGACGUGCAUAUGGGAAACCCACCAUUUAUGAGCAGCGACACAGACCCCAAGAUCUAUCAAAAAGCGCAGCAUUGGCUUAUGACGAGCGUUUCAGAUAUCAAUGAGGCGGCAUACUCAACCACGUUUACCGAUGUUCCCGUCUCAGCCACUCAAACCCUCCACUCCACCAGUCCAACUGCCGGAUCCGGCUCAUCAUCAUCCAGUGGCCUAUCGUCUGGUGCCGCAGCCGGUAUUGGCGUUGGUGUUGCCCUCGGCGUCAUUGGCCUCGGUAUAGCUGGCUUCUUGCUCUGGCGGCGUCGCAAACGGGCCGCCUCUCGGGGCGCGUAUUCUUCAACACCCAGCGAGCUAGGUGGUCAUCCAGAUAUCAAGACUGGUGGAGCUCCGGGGCCGCAUUCUACGUAUUACGAUCCAAAGAGCACGGAGCAGGCUCAUGAAAUGAUGCAUAAUCCUGUGCCGCAAGAAGUACCCGGGCAAAUGCAUUACGAAUUGGAUGCUACUACAACACAAGGACAUACGCGGAAUCAAUAG